CAUUAACCCAACUUCAGUCGCAGGUCAGGCGGUGAAAUAGAUAGUUUAGUGACGGAUAAGUCAGAAGAGUGAUUUCUACCUAAAUCAGCUUCUACCGCACUUAAAAAUUUUCUAUUCCUACCCGUGAAAGCUGCCGCUUUUCUUCUUUUUUAAAGGAUCCUUCAAUUUUGCUAGCUUCCAAAUAAAAUGGCUUCAGUCAUCGCUUAUGUCGUCGAUGGAUACCGUGAUCUUAUGGACAACAAAAGUGACCCUCGUGUCAAUGACUGGUUCUUGAUGAGUGGUCCGAUGCCGACGGCGCUCAUCUGCCUCACUUAUGUGUUCAUUGUCAAGUAUUUGGGACCGAAAUUGAUGGAAAACCGCAAACCUUUCGAGCUUCGUCAAGUUCUCAUUUGGUACAAUGCCUUCCAAGUUGCUUUCAGCACAUGGCUCUUCUAUGAGUGCAUGGUUUCUGGUUGGUGGAACAACUACAGCCUGCGAUGCCAGCCCGUUGACUACUCCGAAGAUCCGUUGGCGAUGCGUAUGGCCCGCGGCUGCUGGUGGUACUACUUCUCCAAGUUCACGGAGUUCUUCGACACCUUCUUCUUCGUGCUGCGCAAAAAGAACGACCACAUCUCGACCCUGCAUGUCAUCCACCACGGAGUGAUGCCUCUGUCCGUCUGGUUCGGAGUUAAGUUCACCCCCGGCGGUCACAGCAGCUUCUUCGGCCUGCUCAACACCUUUGUGCACAUCAUUAUGUACGGUUACUACCUCGUCGCCGCCCUUGGACCCCAGUACCAGAAGUUCAUCUGGUGGAAGAAGUACCUCACCGCCCUCCAGAUGGUCCAGUUCGUGGCCGUGAUGGUGCAUGCCUUCCAGCUCCUCUUCACCGACUGCAACUACCCCAGGGCCUUCGUCUGGUGGAUCGGAAUGCACGCUGUCAUGUUCUACUUCCUCUUCGCCAAUUUCUACAAACAGUCUUACAAGCAGAAGAGCUCCAAGAAGAUGGCCGACAAGUCCAUGGCUCAAAGGAUCUCUGAGGGAGUGACCAUCUGCCACCCCGGUGCCCUGUACCAAACCCCCGAGGAGAGCGGCGACAAGAUGAUUGUCAACGGCUUCACCUCGCCAAACGACUCCACCAUGAGAAACAGAGCCUACGUCAAGGGCUCGUCGCAAUGAGCGCGCGGCCAGUUCUAAGGCGCUUCACCUCACAUUUUUCUAAGUCUUUCCAUCGUAAUUUUAAAGCACCUCAUCUCACUUUUGUUCCUUUUGCACCUGCCAGCUUCAGCUGAUCUUGACGAUUCGGUUAUUUAACACUUUCUUCGUGAUUUUAAAAACUUUUACUUUCAGUUUUUCAACUCAUCCUUCCCCUUAAACAUUUUUUACUUCUCUCUUUGUUUCAACGCCUUUCAACUCUCUUUGCCUUCAGCUGGGGUUGAUUUAUAUUUAAUCAAAUCGACCUGUAGCAAAGUCCCCUUCCGCUAUCUCCUUCCCCGGUAUCUCAGCAAUGCAAUAGUCCUCUUGCCUAUUUAUGCCUAGAGAAACUGAGGUGAAAAAUUUAACCAACUCCGGCAAAGUCUACAGCCAAGCUCAAACUGUGAUCAAUACCGACUUUAUUAUCACUUUAGGCUCGUUUUAGAUUUGUGUGUAAAUUCAACUCCCCAAAAAUAGCAACAUAUCAACACUUUGCCAGUUUUCGUUCUUAAUAUAUCUGUUUCUCAUUCUGUGUCAGUCUUUAAUGGUGUCUUUUUCUCCCUGGUCAGCACAUUUCAGUGUACGAGUGUUAAUCGACGAAUAUCCUAUUUUUUACUCAUGUGUGAAUAAGCAUUUUGUACAAAUGAAACUUGUAAUAAAAGCGAAAAGUAUGCAAUUAA